AUGGAUGACCACACUUAUGGCCUUGCCAUUCAAUACGGCAACCCGGGUCCUGCAACAUAUUCUUCAGCUAAUCAAGAAUGGCAUUUCGCGCGACGUUUCAGACCCUCACAAAUAAUCUCCUAUACAGGGUAUGAGAAACAAGUAGUUGCCCCAUCAGCAGUGGAAUUGCCGGUCAUUAGAAAAAAGGACAAAGACACCAAUGCGCUAUUGGAAGAUUACCCCGAGUUGAUAAGUAUCGCCUCAUCCUUCGCACGCGAAGAGGAGUUAUCGCAAACCAUUCAAGAGGCAGAGUCACAAUUCAAUCCUCAAAUAUCCUCCGUACUCGGAUUUGGAAAUGCGCAGCUGUCCGAGCAGGUACGCAUUCGUCGAGGUCGAAUGCGGACUGUUCCUAUUGCAGCCUUUGCCUCUGGACAGAACCAGAAUGUACUUUCACUUCGGCUUAUCGAAGCUGAAAGAGUUGUGACGAAUCUUGAACAAGACGCCGCUUUUCGUGUACCAACGAUAGGUUGUUCCAGGGCAGUUGAUUGGAUUUGUAAUGAGACACCUAUCCGCCAGAUUAAAUUCGCAGACAGCAUCGAAAAUCCAGGGGAUCUGCUGGCCGUCCGUCUACUCUCUAGUACAGCUAUAUUUCAACCAGUUUAUCAUCGAGAGGCUCAGCUCAUAGAUCCACCUGAACUAUCAGGCCUUGCAUACUCUAGGCCGCAGGUAUCUCACAUUGACCCGUGUCUAGUUGCCGAGAUUGACGUUUCGCAAACAGGCGGAUUUACUCAUGUUGAUGUGACUUUCAAUCCGUGGUAUCUGAAACAGUUCGCAAUUGUUGACGAGCGAGGUCAUUGGAGCAUCUGGCAGUUGCAAAAUAUUGUCCGACUUGACAACGGUGUGGCUCCCGAACUCCUGCAUUCUGACUUCCUACCUUGCGAUGCCGCAGAUGACAAGGGCGAGAGUCUUACUGAUGAAGUGAAAUACGAUACUUGGGGUAGACUUGAGUGGGUAAGGGAUGUCAAUACAUUUAUAGUUUGUGGUCGACGCAAUGCCAUGCUCUAUGUUUUGGAAGGGACGACUGCUACGUCUUACAGGAUUGAGCUAAAUUGGCAAUCUUCAACCGAAUGGAUUCUUGAUGUCAAAACCUGCUCAUCUCAGAAUUCUCUCGGCUUCAUUCUAACCACAACCCGAAUACUAUGCUUUGAUUUCAAACUGGCAGACCAAGAGACACAGCCUAUUCGGCCGCAAUUCGCAUGGCUGCAUGAUCGCGAUGCGGACGAUCUCACUCUUCGAUUGACAUCGCUCACUAUUGCUGAAGAAUAUUACUUGCUUCUCUACUCGCGUCUCGACUCGUGCAUAUUAGUCUUUCAAGUCCCGGUUGAUGGUUACGAAGAUGGCAUCUACUCAAUGUCUGAUCCAUUCUUCAUCUAUGUUCCUAGCAGACCCAACGCCAACGGAUUAAACACGAUCCGGUACGAGUCUCCGAUCAAACAGAUACUUGUCAAGGAAGUUGAACAGCAGAUAUAUCUGUCAAACCGCGUUACCCUCGAACACUGCCCUAGGUUCAUAAAACUUUUCAUGGUUGACGGCACAAUGGCAAUUCACGAAUAUUUGUACUCGAAGCCUAGCGGUCUAUCAUCCGCUGAUGAGCUGAAAGUGGGCCGUGAAGCAUUGCUCUUGAGUGCAGUGUCUCUUUUGUCGAACAAAAAGAAGCGCAAAGGAGAUAGAGAGACAACCGUUGAACCAUCUGAUAAUGAUGAUGUGGAUGAUAUCAAUCGAAUGCCUCUAUAUCUCUCUAAACCUAUUGAAACCAGACCCGCUCGGGUAUCCGUGGAUUUUACAAAAAUAUAUUCUCUGCUUUCUAGAGGCGACUCGCAGCACUUGGUAAGGCCAUCGGUCUCUCUUCCCGAAUAUCAGAGCUUUAGAGAUUAUGUAGAGCAUCUGAUAAUAGCGGUGACCAAUUCGGCUGAAGAGGGGCAUUCAUUCGUGCACACCAUGUUGGACAUUAUCGACAAUCCCCCCGUCCUUUUUGAUAUCGACGAUAGUUCUCAUGAACUUGACUGGUUCAGAUCUCGCUUUUUGCCUAUGGAACCCUCUGCAGAAACCGCCUUGUGUUUCUUGCCUCUAAACGUAUCUCCCGAACGGUCGCACGAACAGGCCAACGUUAUUCGUUCAUUUCAACCGUUUGGUGUAUUGAUACUGUACGAGAAGCUUGUACGCGACUGGCUCUUCAAGUUGCCGCGGAAUUUACCAAGCUGGAUCCGGAUUUCCAAGGAGAAGCUAAUCCGGCAAGUGUCUAUUGAAUUGUCUUUGGCAGGCACGGUGCAAAUAGAUAUCCCUAUUCCCGACAGUGUCAGUAUUGUUUCAUCUCAACCAUCCUUACCAGGGCGGAGGAGUUCAACAGUUAGCCAACGAGAUUCUGUCAACGGAGUGGCCGAUUUUUCAAAAGAACACAAUAUGGUCACUCAUGCCCUGCUAGAUCUCAAGACAGUUUCACCGCCAAGCAUGAGUAUCUUGUUAGGAGGUGCCACACAGGAUAUUCUUUCUCUCUGGAAUGUUGGAGGUGACCCUGAUUUCUUUGAUCUGGAGAGAGCUCUAGAAGCAGAAACAGGCGAGAGAGACUUCGGCUCUAGAUCCAGAUCCAGAUCAGCACAGCGGACGCGUACUCGUUCGCGAUCGAGGGCUAAUAGCGCUAGCGGGAGGUCCAUACGAAGUUCGCCUGUUGUACCAUCGAUGAAAUUCUCUGGCAGCCAGCCCCAGUUCGACAGUGCGAGACUGCCUAUACGGAGUAGUCAAUUCUUGCCGAGUAGUCAGAUAACGGAUAGUAUGCCUAUGACGCAGGCUGAACGAGGUGUAUUCGGUAGCCGACAAGCUGGGAAAAAGAGCAACGUUAAGGCAAGAAAAAAGAAGAGGGCGGCAGGGUUCUAA